AUGGAGAAAAACAAACCCUCCUUUGUGUUACCAGUUAUCUGUUCAAUCAUAAUUAUCGCUCUUGGCCUUGUUUCCUUCUCGGCCUGUAUUGCUGCGGAGUUCAAGAGAACACGGUUAAAAGAUAUGAAAUUGGAUGGUGAACUCUGUUUUCUUCCAAGAAGUCCUGCAUCUGGGUUAGGACUUUUGGCUUUGAUCUGUCUCCUGGUUGCUCAGAUAAUCGGAAACUUGUUGAUUGGAAGCCAAUUUUGCUUGAAAGAGAAGAAAACCAGUGACCAAGCCAAAAAGCACAGGAUAGUAAUCAUCCCUGUUGUUCUAUCUUGGAUAAGCUCUGGAUUAUCAAUUAUAUUAUUGGGUACAGCAACAACUAUGAGCCAGAGGCAGCCUUACGGCAAAGGAUGGUUAGAUGGGGAAUGCUACUUCGUUAAAAGAGGUGUAUAUAGCGGAUCAGGUGCACUAGUUCUGGUUACAGAAAGCCUAAUACUUGGCUCAGUGUUCACCAUUACAAAGACAAGACAUUGGAGAAAGCAGGUUGAACAGGAGAAGAAAGUUCAUGAUGAAGAAGCACGAUGAGAUUAAAGAGGUUGUAGAAAUUAAUGAUGAGCCACCCACAGGAGACAAGUCUUCUUCUCCCUUCUCAUGAUAACCAGCCACCGGGACCCAACACCCAAGAUUGGAAGAGUUGGAGGAGAGCAGGUGAGAAGGAAAACCAACUCCACCAGAUAAAACUACAAUUGCACAGAACUUAAUUAAAAAAACAGUAAUACUGGUUUUUUUGUUUCUACACUUUUUUUUUUUUUUUUUUU